AUGCGUUCCUUUUCUUUUCUUCUUUUCUUGGUCUGCUUCUGUCUCUUAUUUGACUUCAAUUUUCCCUCUUUCUUGCCUGCAAGCAAUGUUAGUCUCUAUGGUGAUGCACGUCUUAGAAACAAUGCCAUUAGUCUCACUCAACAGCACAACUGCCCUGCCUCCUCAUCUUCUAGCGGGGUUGGGAAAGCACUCUACCUGUACCCAAUUAGGUUUCUUGAUCAUAUAACAAACAAAACUGCGUCUUUCUUUUGCCGAUUCUCAUUCUCCAUUAUUCGAUCCCCUUUGUGUUCUUUUGGUGAUGGUAUAGCCUUCUUGAUUACCUCUAAUGCUGAUUCUUUGAGUCUCUCAAAAGGGUACAUGGGCCUUCCAGGACCAGCCUUAAACCCUCAAGAUUCAUUCAUUGCUGUAGAAUUUGAUACAAGUUCUGAUCCUUCGCUUGGUGAUAUAAGUAGUAAUCAUAUUGGAAUUGAUGUUAACACUGUUGUGUCUUUUGCUGCAAUUGAUGCUGUGUCAGUAGGGAUUGAUCUUAAAAGUGGGAGGCAGAUCACAGCUUGGAUUGAGUACUCAGAUUCAUCCAAGUUGAUUCAGGUUUGGGUCAGUUACAUACAAAUUAGGCCACCAAGUCCUAUUCUUGUGGCUCAGGUUGAUCUCUCUGAGCAUUUCAAGGAGUAUAUGCAUGUAGGUUUCUCUGCUUCUAAUGGUCAGGGCUCAGCAGUUCACAUUGUUGAUCAUUGGCGGUUCAAAACUUAUGCGACUCUCUCGUCUGUGACACCUAAAGAUGUAAGUGAAAAGGGGGAUUGUUUAAUGUGUUAUCCAGAGAAUCCAAUGAACAAUUACAGGCCUGGUACUCAUAAUGGAAGAAGAAAAAGUGUAGUGGAAAUGGCUCUGGGACUAGGAGGUUUGGCUGCAUUUGUUGUCUCCAUAAUUGUAAUUCUUUUUGUUAUCGUUUUCUUAGUGAUCAAGAAAAAGAGGGGUAUUGGCAGAAGAGCGAAAGAAAGCCGAAUUAAUAGAGUACCAAGAAGGUUGUCAAUUGCUGAGAUUAGGUCAGCUACAAUGGGGUUUCAUCGCAGCAGAAUUAUUGGUCAAGGUGCUUCUGCUACGGUUUUUAAAGGGUAUCUGCCCUCUUGUGGAUCAGUGGCGGUUAAGAGGUUUGAUCAGGCAGGGAUUGAAUGUGCUCGCAAUCCUUUCAUCACCGAGUUUGCAACAAUGGUAGGUUGCUUAAGACAUGAGAACUUGGUUCAGCUUCAAGGAUGGUGUUGUGAGGGAACGGUACUAGCUCUUCUCUAUGAAUACUUGCCCAAUGGUAGCCUUGACAAAGUCCUUCACAAGAACUCCAGCUCUGCAAUUUUUCUCUCGUGGAAGCAAAGAAUUAAUAUAGUCCUUGGAGUUGCUUCUGCUCUUUCAUAUCUACAUGAAGAAUGCGAGAGACAGAUAAUUCAUAGAGAUGUGAAAGCUUGCAAUAUAAUGCUUGACGCAGAAUUCAAUGCCAAGCUUGGAGAUUUUGGUUUAGCAGAAGUCUAUGAACAUAGUUCUGCGAUGAGAGCAGCUACUAUACCAGCUGGGACAAUGGGAUAUCUUGCUCCUGAGUAUGUUUUUUAUGGUGUUCCAUCGGUGAAAUCUGAUGUUUACAGCUUUGGCGUGGUGAUGCUGGAAGUAGUCACGGGAAAAAGACCUGUUGAUGACGAUGGUGCAGUGCUGGUUGAUCGAGUAUGGGGCUUCUGGGAGAAAGGGAAACUGAUAGAGGCAGCUGAUUCAGAGUUGGUAGGGCUGUUUAAUACACUUGAAGUGGAGAGGGUGCUCAUGGUGGGACUUUCUUGCGUGCACCCAAAUCAUGAGAAGAGGCCAACAGUUAAUGAGGCUGCUAGGAUUCUUAGAGGGGAAGCGCCACUUCCUAUUUUGCCACAGAGGAAACCAGCAGUUGUGUUUCAAUCUGUUUCGUCAGCUGAUUCUGAUGAAACAUUGAAUUUAUCAGGAGAUAACAGUCCAUGUACUGAUGAUGUAACAUGGGUAACACCUAGGACCGAUUUUGGAUAG